ACAAAUCCAAUGGAGGGAGUGAAUCAGUCUGUGGUGUCAGAGUUUGUGUUCCUGGGACUCACCAACUCCUGGAAUAUCCAACUAUUGCUCUUUGUGUCCUCCUCCAUCUUUUAUGUAGCAAGCAUGAUGGGAAACUCCCUCAUCGUGUUUACUGUGGCAUCUGACCCUCACUUACACUCUCCCAUGUACUUUCUAUUGGCUAACCUCUCCUUCAUUGACUUAGGUGUUUCUUCUGUUACUUCUCCCAAGAUGAUUUAUGACUUAUUCAGAAAACACAAAGUCAUCUCUUUCAGAGGCUGUGUCACUCAAAUAUUCUUCAUUCAUGUCAUUGGUGGUGUGGAGAUGGUGCUGCUCAUAGCCAUGGCCUUUGACAGAUAUGUGGCCAUAUGUAAGCCUCUCCAUUAUCUGACAAUUAUGAGCCCAAGGAUGUGCAUCUUGUUUUUAGUGGCUGCCUGGGUUAUUGGCAUUAUGCACUCCCUUGUUCAACUGGCUUUUGUAGUAAACUUACCUUUCUGUGGACCCAAUGUGUUGGACAGCUUCUACUGUGACCUUCCUCGGUUUAUCAAACUUGCCUGCAUAGACACUUAUCAACUGGAAUUCAUGGUCACAGCCAACAGUGGAUUCAUUUCUGUGGGUUCCUUCUUCAUACUGAUCAUUUCCUAUAUUGUCAUCAUAAUCACUGUACAAAAACACUCUUCAAGUGGUUCCUCUAAAGCCAUGUCCACACUUUCAGCUCAUAUCUCUGUGGUGGUCUUAUUCUUUGGUCCUUUGAUAUUCUUCUACACUUGGCCUUCUCCUUCUAUACAUCUGGAUAAGUUUCUGGCCAUUUUUGAUGCAGUUGUUACUCCUUUUCUGAAUCCUGUGAUCUAUACAUUCAGAAAUCAAGAAAUGAAAGUGGCAAUGAAGAGAAUAUGCAGACAGCUAGUUGGUUAUAGGAAAACUUAA